AUAUGUGAAGAAAAGAUAAAAAAAGAAGAUAUAAAUGAAGAGAUGAUGAAAGAAAUAGCGAUAAACGAUAAAAAAACAGUUGAAGAAAAAUGGUAUGAAGAAUCUUUUCUUCGAACUACGAAAAAGAUCAAUGAAAAAACAUUGAAUGAAGAGGAGUCAAGUGAAGACGAGAUAAAUAAUGAAGAAGAUGAGAUUAGUGAAGAAGAGACGAGAGAAGAAGAUAUAAAUGAAGAAGAGACGAGAGAAGAAGAUAUAAUUGAAGAAGAGACGAGAGAAGAAGAUAUAAGUGAAGAAAAGAUAAUGAAAGAAUAUAUAAAUGAAGAAGAGGUAAAUGAUAUGAAUAUAAUUAAAGAAGAAACGGAUAAAAAAGAGAAAAUUAAGAAAACGAACAUUGGAAAAACACUAAAUGUAACAGAGCCAUAUGAAAAAGGAGUAAAUGGUGAAACGACAAAUAAAGAAAAAGCAAAUGAACAGAAACAUGAAAAAAAGAAAAAUCGAGAAGAGAUGGGUAAAGCAAACAGAAGCAAAGAAAAUUCGCACAAUAAAAAAAGAAAUAAUGAACUUCCUACUUUAGUUUCACCUGAUUCAGUAUUUUCAGUUGAAGAAAUGCAGUCUUUCGAAGGCCUUCGUUACUUAUUUCUUGUUGUAGAUUCAUUAUUUUCUGCUGAAGAAUCCAAACCUGAUGAAUAUCCUUAUACUAACAUCGGAGCCGAUAGAGAAACUAAACCAGAAAUAGAUGCGAUUAAAUUCAAACAGUGUCUAGAAUUUACAGCUGAAAAACCAAAUUCUGAAAAAUAUCCAGGUCCAUGUGACAUGGAAUCAAAUACAGAAAUAGAACCAGAAGUAGAUGAACGUCAGGACAUACAGAAGAAAACUUUUACUAAAUGGAUCAACUCACAUUUAGGAAAAACCCAGUGUCCUCAAAUAAAUGAUUUAUUCACUGAUCUAAGAGAUGGGAACCGUCUGCUAGCUUUGCUCAGUGUGCUAACACAGUCUCAAUUGAAACCAGAAAAAGGACGUAUGCGUGUGCAUCACAUUAACAAUGUAAAUAAGGUCCUGCAAGUCAUUCAAGAACAUGGCGUAAAAUUGGUGAACAUAUCCAGUGAUGAUAUCGUCGGCGGUAACCAAAAGCUUACGUUGGGUCUUAUUUGGCUUAUUGCGUUGCAAUUCAAUGGACAGAGCCUAGUCAAAAGUCAUUCAGUUAAUGGCAUCGAAAAAUCACUACUAGCUUGGGCGAGACAGUUCACAAUAACUCGUGGUUUAGAUGUUACGGAUUUCUCAAAGAGUUGGACUGAUGGUAGAGCAUUUUUAAUGAUACUCGAUUCAAAUUUAGAUGAUAUUGAUUUAAGUAUUGCCCUAACGAAGCAUCCAUUAGCGCGUCUAAACACAGCUUUUGACUUAGCGCAUACAUACUUUAGAAUUGAGAAACUCUUAGAUGCAGAAGAUGUACAUACGCAUAAACCGGAUCACAAGUCUAUACAAAUGUAUGUGAUGUGCUUGUAUCAUGCGAUUGAAACUCGCCGUAGUCAAGAACGCACUGACAGUGAUGGUGAAACUGUAGCUUUCGACGAGAAAGCAGAGGAAGUAUUACCGCCAAGUGUUAAUAUAACUGAUUUGGAUGAAGUGCCAUUGGAUAGCGCAGAGGAGGUGUAUUCAGACAAGAGUAGUACGCCCGGUAGCUUAGAUGAUGGUAAAAAGAUACAUGCAGAUGUCACACAUAGCAUUAUGGAUAUUGAAAUUGAUGGAAACAAAAUAGAUUAUGUACACUUACAUGAUAAGUCGAGACCACUGAGUACUGCUACUAAUGCAUCGGUAGAAAUUAGCACGUAUCAGGCUGCUUUAGAAGCAGUGCUAACUUUGCUAUUAGAAGACGAACAAAUUUUGUCACACAACUUACCAGAGCCACAUGAUUUCCUUAGCGCUAAAAUGCAGUUUCAUGAAAAUGAGCACUUUAUGUUAAAACUAACAGAACACCAACAGUACGUAGGCGAAGCGCUAGAAGAAGGCUCUAAUUUGAUUAGUGAGUCUCAGAAACAUUCGGGACUGUCAGUUGAAGAUCAAAACGAAGUACGUCAGCAAAUGGUUUUGCUGAAUGAACGUUGGGAAACAUUGCGAUUACGUGCGUUAAGUGUGCAGUCAAGUAUUCUGAUGCGUUUGGCAGAGUUUCAAACAAAGCAAAUUGAAAAAUUACGUUUAUUCCUCACUUCUGUCGAAGAUCGCAUAUCACAUAUGACCGAUAUUGGUACCAGUUUACCAGAGCUCCAACAGCAACUAAUAGAUGCACAAAAUUUGAAAACCGAUUUGCACGCACAAAAAAGUUUGGUUGACAGUUUGGGCAACAUGGUUGUGAUUAUAAAUGAUGAGUCAGGAAACUUUUGUGAUUUAGAAGAUAAGCUGACAGCGUUAGGCGAGCGGUGGUCCCAUGUGAUUAAAUGGAGCGACUUACGAAUUGAGAAAUUGCAACAAUACAAAUCCAUUCAUCGUUGGUUGAACACACGUGAACAGGACCUUAAAGCAAUGGAAAGUAAGGAUGUUCUGGACUUGGGAAGUAUUACUAAACGAAUAAAUGAUCUGAAUUAUUGUGCGAAGGAUUUGCUUGAACUAGAGCGCUACCUAAACGACUUGCGGCAAAUGAUUAGCACAUGUCCGCAAGAAAACACUAACAGCACUGAGCGUGUGCUUGCACAAUUAGAGAAUUUCGAAGAUCGUUUGGAAGCGUUGAAGCAAAUUGUUGAGGUGCAGACAGUACGCAUUGAAGAAAAAGGAUUUAAGUUCGGACGUGACCGUGCGUCUUAUGAUGAGAGUCGUGCAUUGCGUCCUGAUGGUUGGACGGAUUUCCAAAUGAUUAUAAAGUUUGGUGAAGAAGAAUCGGAGGAAGACGAAACUGAAAUUGAUAAUAAUAUGUCAGCUCAAAAUGGAACUUCAUUGCUGAGCAAAAAACGUAAGCUUCGUAAUACAGAUAACUUUUAUUUGCUAGAUGAACGUAUAAAUGAGGCGUUUCUUUUUCUGGAUGACAUUGAGGAUCGCCUGCAGAGUUUGCAACGUCAAAGCUUGCGUGAACAAAGCACAAUAGUAUGUGAAGUGCAGAAUGAGCUUUACGAUCGUACAAAUAUGGCACAAGAACUUAAGGAACUCUUUCAUUUCUGUGAGCAAGAGGAACCUUCACGAAAUUUGAUAAUGGAAGCGACACAUAUUAGAGUAAUUGAUGAGCGAUAUAUGAAACUUAAAAAUCGUACUAGUGUGCUAUCCACAGAAACCACACAGUUACUCACGAGAGAAAAGUUCAACAACAGCUUGACUGGCUUCAAACUUGUUUUAGCUGAUUCACGAGAUUGGUAUAGCCAGCAUGCCAGUACGGCUAGUAAGGCUGAUUUGGAGCAACGUUUAAGUGACAUGGAAUCAUUGUCAACGGAGAUUACCGCAGCUAAGCAGUCCGCAGCUAUAAUGGGUGAUGAAAUGUUAGAGUGGAAACAAGAUUUUAAUAUAUUCUAUGAUAGUUGGAAUGAUAUGAAACGUGCCAUUAUUACUUUAAUUAGAGAAGAAGGUGGCAUGGAUGAGGUAAAUCAAAGAUUACAAUUAUUAGAAGAAUUUGUCGCAGAGGUAGUAAAGGCGCAAGUGUUGGUGGAUGACUUGGAACCAAUGCAGGCACAGCAAAAGGCAUUAAACAACUUAUUAGAUGAAUUAGAAAACUUAAAAAUUGAUUAUGAUUUUGUGUACUUACGACGACCCGAUGCAAUUACCACUGAAUUUGCUGAAAAUUGGGCAAAGGUUCCAGAAUACUUGAACGAACGAAUCAUAAAACAAACGACUGCAAUUGAAAAUCUAAAUCACUUUACAGCGGAAUAUAACGCCAUCAUUGUGGUUUUACGUAAACUAGAGUCCACACUUAAACAAGAUGGAGAUACUUUAAAUGUCCGAAACAGUGAGAUGGAUAAUCAACGUUUUAACAUGGAGUUGCGUAAGAUCGAAAUCGACGUUAUAAGUGCUCGUAACUUCAGCGAGAUUAUUAUAAAGGAUGCGGAAAAUACACAUCGCACACAUUUGCUGAACCAAAUAAAGGAAUUGAAUGAAUUUUUCGCAAAUGUGCAGAAUUUGCAUAAGGAUUAUGUAUACAAAAGAACACAAAUACUUGCCAAAACUGAAGAGAUUUUCGACCGUUUGAAUAAAACAGAAGAUUGGCUUAGCGAACUCGAAAUAAAUACGCCAAAAACGAAAAUUUCCGAGAUAAUGAACUCCAAUGAACUCUUCCAGAUAAAAUCCAAAUUUCAGACAUUGAAAGAAACAUGUGAACGUGAGACAGAUAACUUUCGAGAGCUGAACGAUCACGGCGGGGAUAUUUUAUUACAAAUAGACGAACUCAAAUCGACGGGAGAAGAAAAAGUAGAUUCAGAAUAUGCCUUGUUAACAAAGAAAGUUACACGUUUAAACGCGCGUUGGACGCAGGUCACGGAAUUAGUUUAUGCAAAAACAGCUUUACUAGAACAUAUAUCAACACAGUUAGGUGAGUUUAAAAAGUUUAUGGUGUCUGAAUCGGGUUAUUUAGAUCGUCUGGAAAAUAAAAUCCGCAGUACACCAGAAAAUGCAGAUGCAGAAGAAAUCAUAGAAGAGCUGGAUGAUUUGGAGAAUGUAUUACGUGCGCAUUCCGAUGAAUGGCUUGAAAAAAUUCAAGAAAUUGGCAGUGAGCUAAUUGAAAAUGAGUUUAUGGCCAACUCAGUAAGAGAAGAGAUCGACACAAUUGUAGAGCGGUGGACUCAACUACAAUAUAAGGCUAAACAGCGUACUGAAAUAUUAGAGAAAGAAGUCAGUGAAGCUGAACAAUCUGAAAAAUGUAUAGUACAAUUCGAAGCUUGGCUUACCCGUGUCGAUGAGAUACUCAGCGAGCAUCUGGAAAAUGAUGUUACAAUUGAGGAUCUUCCUGAAGAGUUUCAACGGUUGGUUAAAGAAUUUGAGGUAAAUGAAAAAUCCUUCAAAGAAAUCGAAGAUGUUAUAAUGGAACUUACACGCAAUGGAAAGCUGGAAGCUGCUAACCGCUUACAAGAACAGCUAAAUCUUAUGGAGUUACGCUUUAAGGCAUGUCAAAUUAAACUGAACAAGUGCACUGCCCCACAGCCAGCUUAUGAAUCACGUCUGAAUCGUGCUGUAGCAGAGUUAAGAAACGUGGAACGGUCUACACUGGUGUUAGAUGUAGCUUCUGCUGGUCCGAGCACUGUACAAAUACAGUACCAAAAGUGCUUGCAAAUUUAUCGUACGUUGUCAGAAAUUAAGUCUGAAAUUGAGAGCACUAUAAAAACGGGGCGCAAAGUUUGUGAAGACAAGUUCACAAAAUCACCGAAGCAUUUAAGUCAACGUAUAGACGCUCUAAAGCACCUCUACAAUGCGUUGGGAGAAAAUGUAACGCAAUCUAAAAUCUUUUUGGAGACUUUAUUGAAACUAGCACAUCAACUUGAUGAUUGCUUUGAUAGUGCCGAACAGCUUAUACUUCGUUUUGAGGCACUUCAAGAAAUGCAUGAACGCAACACUGUAUUUUUAGAUCUGGAAGAUGUCUUACAAAAAUGUGAAGACAUUUACGAAGAAUACAGGCAAUCAUGUGAUCAGACCUGUAUGGAGGACACACGUAAGAGGAUUGAUAAGCUUAAAGCCACUUACUUAAAGCAUACCAGCGCUGAUGUGAUAAAACGACUCACCGAAAUGAAAACCACUUUACAAAAUUUGGAUAAUAUAUCGUUGGAAACUCUAAGGGCAAUGGAACAUGAUUUAAAGCAGAUUAAUGUACCCUCGAAUCCUGAAAUUGAGAACUUACAGCAACAAGUGAUUGCAAUUGUAGUGGAUGCGGUUAAGACCCUUUUUGAUGAAGCUUCAACACUAGAAGCUGACUUACCUGCUGAUUCGUCAAUCAAGACACAUACAAAUUUAGAUGAAGACACUGAAAUUGUUAUUGUAAGUGACACUGUGCGACAGCGUCGUGCAAGAACACCUUCGGCAAAUGAUGCAAAUACAACGCAAACCAGUAUUGAAUCAAACUCUCCAACACGCGUUAUGAAAGAGGAACAAACUAUUGAGCAGCAAGUGCUCCCAGACUUAUUGCCUCCGCAAACAUUUCGAUUGGCUGAAUCGAGUUCAUUAUUUUCUCAAAUAUCUCUAAAUCCACAAAGUUUAACAGAACAGAAUGAAGUUAGAAACAAUUCCCAUAAGUUGCCAAAAAGCAAAAGUGGAGAAAAUCACGCCCAAAUGGUCGAAAUCAAAGCAAAAAAUAUACAAAACGAUAAAAUGUCCGUGCAGAACAUAGAGUUGGAGCCACACAUAGGCGAAAUAGUCGAUACAGUAAACAUUUUAGAGAGUGUUGAGCCUUUCGUGCCAGAAUAUGUAGAAACUGUACAAAUUAUAGAUCUAUCUGAAGACUCAGAUUCGUCUAUGCGAAUAGAUGUUGACGGCAAAGAAGUUCGAAGAAGUAAAAGCAAACGUUCGCUCUGUGAGUCUCCUAAAGUUAUGUUUAGCGAAGAAGUAGAGUUGAGACCCGAAGCUAAUAACACUAGCACUCCGAUAUUGCGUGUAGAAAAGCAAAGAAUUUCUUUUGAGGAAAAACGUAAACGUAUGGAAAAUGAACGUGACAUAUUACGUGAUUCGGAAGAGGAAUGCGAUGACGAUUCCAAAGAAACUGAAUUAAAGCAGCCUAAAGCUAAGCGUUGGCGUCAAUUGAAAAUGACAGUUGAAAUACCAACUGAGAGUUUAAGUGGACUUGAACUAGAACGAAAUAGUUUUUACAAUGCUGAUAAGGAAACUAGUUUUGAUGUAGAACCUUUGGUUUUUUCUGACGAUGAAGAGAUUCCGCGCUUCUCAAUGGAAAUGACACCAACUUUUGAUUCCGAUAGUGAUACGAGUCGCAUGGAAACACCCUCAACUAAAAAAUCGGACUCGUGCCAUAACAAAGUACUGUCAAAUUCCACUUCCAUAGAUGAUUCUAAUAUAACACUUCAGAGUCCGGAUAUGGAAAUAUUAAGUAACAACGUCCGCAUAUCAGACUCAUCUUUAGAACAAAGAGUAAAUGAGUUUGAGAAGAUGUCCAAAUAUAUGAUUAGAAAAUUGGAAACCACUAAGGAACUUAUAGAAAAUUGCCCUGACGGUGAAGCUGCUGUGGAAGAUCUGAAAUUAAUAAUUGCUCCUGAUGCUGCAACUUUAAUUUCUCAGGGGGACUCACUGGUGCUUGAAACGCAUGGUAAACAGGGCAGCGUUUCUCGACUUGUAAUGAAAACACAAAUUAUUUUACGUGAAAAAUUUCGUGAAGUGCAGCAGUCAAAGUCUAAAGUUCCUGAAGUAACUGCGACCAACGAUAACGGUGAAACAUCAAGUCCUCGUUCCACUUUAGAAAAGUUGAGCAUAAAAGGUAUCAAUGUAGAGGAAUUAGUUUGCAAAGGACUCAAGCGUAUUAAUGAUUUGAUUGAAAAGCCAGUAGACCAUAAUUCAAUAGAGGAACUGGAACGACGGCUUAAUGAAGUGAAUGAUCGACGUGACGAUUUAAAAUUGAUUGUCAAUGCGAUUGGGAAAAGUGAACAAAUGCCAAAGAUAAAUGCUGUCAUGAUGGACGAUAUUGAAAAGUCGAAGAACAACUUGAUGGCACAUUCUGACAUUGUUGAACUGGCCUUAACUGCAUUGAGAAAUGAUAGCAGAAAUGGAGCCACAAAUGACAGCAAAGAUUAUAACGAAGAACCUAGUGGCACUGGUGCUUUGGCCGGUAGCUUUGAUAAAUCUGUGUUGCAAAUUUCGGAUUGGUUAAACUGGGAACAGAAUAUGAUCAAGAUACAAAGUGUGGCAGUAGACGAUGUCGAUGCCGUACGUAUGGCCAUUGAAAAACAGGAGAAAGUUUUACGUGAAUUAAAACUAAAAAAGCCACAACUGAAUGAGUUGGUCCAUACGGCAGAGGUACUAAAAGGCGAUGUGAAACGACAACAGUUGCAAGAAAAAGUAACUCGUUUGCGUGAACAUUGGGAUGAGACCUCGCAAUGUGUGCUGCAACGUGCGGCUCAGCUCAAAAACAUGCUCGGGGACUCACAAAGAUAUGAAGCUAAGCGUUUGGAGUUGGAGAAAUGGCUGGGUCGUAUGGAAGUGCGAGCGGAGCGUAUGGGCACUGUAGCCACCACAGCUGACGUAUUGGAGGCACAGCAAAAGGAGCAAAAGUCCUUCCACGCUGAAUUGCACCAAAACAAACAGCAAUUUGAAAUGUUCAAUGUUUUAACACAAAAACUAAUUGCAGUUUAUCCUUCCGAUGACACAACACGUGUCAAGAAAAUGACUGAGGCAAUUAAUCUAAGAUAUUCCAAUUUGAACAAUGGAGUCAUAAGUCGUGGUAAGCAACUCAACGCAGCUGUGCACAGUCUUCAAUCGUUCGAUCGGGCCAUGGAUCAGUUUUUGGCAUUUUUAUCGGAAUCGGAAUCGCUUUGUGAAAGUGCAGAAUCGGAAAUUGAUAGAAAUCCAUUGAUGUUUAAGGUAAGUGGCCCAAACGAAGUUGCUUUAAAAUAA